AUGUCUACAAACCAAACUAUACCCAACAAUCUUCCCGUCAGUAAGAGGCUGAUAACCUCUCAUAAUGACGCGGGCCAGGCAAUGUUCCAGACCGUCGACCAACGCCAUCUCUGGCCCGUCCUAGGAGGUGUUGCUCGGUACAACACCGUCUACAGUACGGGAAAGACACCAAUAGACCUCGAGAACGAUGAGGACAUCUGUGUGAAUGAAGCAAACCAAGACCUGCCCCUCCCGAUCCGUGGUGGUUCGGUGUGCAGAAUCAUCGAUAUGGGACCCGGGGACCGGGGCCCCAUGCACUGCACCGAGUCUGUCGACUACGGUAUCGUCAUAUUCGGAGAAGCGGAACUGAUUCUGGAUUCUGGAGAGACGCAGUUGAUGCGCCCUGGAGAUGUGGUGGUUCAACGAGCCACUAAACACAGUUGGUACAAUCGGAGCAAGGAAAACUGGGUUAGGGUGGCCUUCGUUCUCCUCGGAGCAUUACCGGUCCGGAUCCAAGGCCAGAUUCUGGGUAAGGAAUGGCCGGGGCUGUCUUGA